AACUUUCUAUUUUCAUUCUGGAUCUAAAUUUGGGCCAUAGAACAUUCAACAUUCAACUUGGAACUAAGAAGAUGAUGGUCGAGGAUCUUGGGGUCGAAGCCAAGGAAGCGGCCGUACGAGAGGUCGCCAAGCUUUUGCCUCUUCCGGAGCUUCUGCAAUCCAUCGCCUCCAUCAAGGCCGAUUACAUUACUCGCCAACAGGCAAAUGACGCUCAACUUAGUACAAUGGUUGCAGAGCAGGUUGAACAGGCAGAGGCUGGGCUUGAAUCAUUAGCAUUAUCUGAGAAGACAAUAAAUCAGCUCCGUGAAAAUUUUGUUUCUAUUGAUAAUCUGUGUCAAGAAUGCCAGAAUUUAAUUGAUAACCAUGACCAGAUAAAGCUCCUUAGCAAUGCAAGGAAUAACUUAAAUACAACUCUUAAGGAUGUUGAGGGUAUGAUGUCCAUUUCCGAUGAAGCUGCUGAGGCACGGGACUCCCUGAGUGAUGAAAAAGAACUUGUUAAUACAUAUGAGAGAUUAACUGCUCUUGAUGGAAAACGGAGGUUUGCAUUAGCAGCUGCAUCAUCUCACAAGGAAGAAGUUGGAAGGCUAAGAGAAUAUUUUGAAGAUGUUGACCGGACUUGGGAAACAUUUGAGAAGACAUUGUGGGGCCACAUUUCUAACUUCUAUAAACUUUCUAAGGAAAGCCCACAAACUCUAGUUCGUGCUCUGAAGGUUGUUGAAAUGCAAGAAAUUCUUGAUCAACAACUUGCUGAAGAAGCAGCAGAGGCUGAAGGAGGUGGUGCUAUGGCAUCAGUUGCAAAUCCUCGAAGAACUGCCAAAAAGUCUAACAAGUCAGUGGCUUCUUCAAGAAAUUUAACACAGCAGAAGCUAAACGCUCAGGGAAAAGGCUACAAGGACAAAUGCUAUGAGCAAAUUAGAAUGACUGUUGAAGGGCGAUUUAACAAGCUUCUCACUGAGUUUGUUUUUGAGGACCUUAAAGCAGCACUAGAGGAAGCUCGGACGAUUGGAGAAGAGCUUGGUGAUAUUUAUGACUACGUGGCUCCUUGCUUUCCCCCAAGAUACGAGAUAUUCCAACUUAUGGUGAAUCUGUAUACUGAGAGGUUUAUUCAAAUGCUUAGAUUACUUAGUGAUAGGGCAAAUGAUCUGACGAACAUAGAGAUUUUGAAGGUAACUGGUUGGGUAGUUGAAUACCAAGAAAAUCUGAUUGGACUUGGUGUUGAUGACUCUCUUGCACAAGUAUGUUCGGAGAGUGGUGCAAUGGACCCUCUUAUGAAUACAUAUGUAGAGAGAAUGCAGGCUAAUACGAAGAAAUGGUACUUGAAUAUCCUAGAUGCUGAUAAGGUACAUCCACCGAAGAAACAUGAAGACGGAAAGCUUUAUACACCAGCUGCUGUUGAUUUGUUCAGGAUCCUAGGAGAGCAAGUGCAAACUGUUCGAGAUAAUAGUACUGAUCUCAUGCUAUACAGAAUUGCUUUGGCAAUUAUUCAGGUAAUGAUUGACUUUCAAGCAGCAGAAAGACGGAGAUUUGAAGAACCUGCUUCUGAAAUUGGUUUGGAACCUCUAUGUGCUAUGAUUAAUAACAAUCUUCGCUGCUAUGAUCUUGCAAUGGAGCUAAGUAAUAGCAUCAUAGAAGCUCUUCCACAAAACUAUGCUGAGCAGGUCAAUUUUGAGGAUACUUGCAAAGGUUUUCUAGAGGUUGCGAAGGAGGCUGUGCAUCUAACCGUGAGUGUUAUAUUUGAAGAUCCAGGAGUCCAAGAGUUACUUAUCAAACUUUAUCAGAAAGAGUGGUGUGAAGGGCAGGUUACUGAGUAUCUUGUUGCAACGUUUGGUGAUUAUUUUAAUGAUGUAAAAUUGUAUGUUGAAGAAAGAUCCUUUAGAAGAUUUGUUGAAGCUUGUCUAGAGGAAACAGUGGUCGUCUAUGUUGAUCAUCUUCUAACACAGAGGAACCAUUUCAAGGAAGAGACCAUUGACCGUAUGAGAUUGGAUGAGGAUUUUCUCAUGGACUUUUUCAGGGAGUAUAUAAGUGUUUCUAAAGUUGAAAACAGAGUAAGAAUACUGAGUGAUUUAAGGGAACUUGCUUCAGCAGAGAGCCUGGAUACCUUCACACUCAUUUACACAAAUAUUCUUGAACAUCAGCCCGACUGCCCGCCCGAGGUUGUUGAGAAACUCGUUGGGCUCAGAGAAGGCAUACCCCGUAAGGAUGCGAAAGAGGUUGUACAAGAGUGCAAAGAUAUUUAUGAGAAUUCUCUGGUUGAUAAAAAUCCUCCAAAGGCAGGUUUUGUUUUCCCAAGAGUAAAAUGCUUAACAGCUUCCAAGGGAUCAUUAUGGCGAAAACUGACAUAGUUGGAGUAAAAUGUGUGGUUGAUUCUCCGAUUAGAAAGACUCGUAUGUUGUUGUCAUCAAAAUUAAGUUCCUAUUCAUUUGUUAUAAUAUAUUUACUCUAUGCUUUACUUUUUUAUUUAGGCUAAAUCAUUUUUCUCUGCUUGUACAUCCAAUUUUUUAUUAUAUGCCAAAGUUACCCUUGUUUGGUUUGUUUUGUAAAUCCGAUGGAGCUUAUAGUGAAGAGUUUUUAUUUUUUCUUUUAA